AUGGCAUUUCUUGAGUACCAUGUUUCAGAGAAAAGUUUCAUCUGUGGGGGUCUCCUUGUGCAUGAGGACUUCGUGCUGACAGCAGCUCACUGCUGGGGAAGCUCAAUCAACGUCACCCUGAGGGACCACAACAUCUACCAGCAGGAGAGAACCCAGCAGGUCAUCCCAGUGAGAAGAGCCAUCCCCCACCCACGCUAUGAUCAUAAUAAGUGGGUCAACGCUAUCAUGUUACUGCAGCUGAGGAGGAAGGCCUACCUGACCGCGGCUGUGAGCCCCAUCAGGCUGCCCUGGAGGAGGGAGCUGGUGAAGCCAGGGAUGGUGUGCAGUGUGGCCGGCUGGGGGCACCUGGGCAUGAACAAUCCAGUGGCAGAGAGACUGCAGGAGGUAGACCUUGAAGUCCAAAGGGAUGAGGAAUGCAUCUCUCGCUACAAGGAUUACAACACCACUACCCAGAUAUGUAGGGAAACCAAGAAAGAGGAAGGGUCCUUUUUUGGUGACUCUGGGGGCCCCCUUGUGUGA